GUGGUGGACCAAGAAUUUCUCCUCCCUCAAUUCAAUUCUAUCCUCUCCCCUGCGUUAGGCUGAGCUGACACGAAGGCGGCCAGUCCCAUUUCCCCUUUAUUUGUUCGUCGAUAAAUUGGCCUGCGAUGCGGUCUUGGCACAUCAGGUCUAGAGUCACAGGCCAUUGCGUCAUCUCCAACUUCGCAUCUCCAGCUUCAACUCGCCCGACAAGCCAUACAGUUCGAGUCAGACACGCACUGCAGUCCUCGCGUUUCUUUUCUCUAUCAUCAUCAUUCUCCCGACUAUCUCUCAGUACGCGAUACCGAUCCCAUCGUACGGCGACCUCCAGACCAUUUCUCCCCACCAACCAUCAUCACCACGAUCCCACAGUCCUUACGAAAGAACCCAUCCUCUCGCGCAACAUGUCAUCCGACAAUAGCUAUCUCGCGUUUCUGAACAAAGCCAACGAGGACCUGAAUGCGGGACGAGUCGCUCCGCAGCAGAGCAAUGCAGUCCGCACGCAGUCAGUAGAUGUGGACGUUACCGUUCCUGCCCCGCUGAGGGCAAUCGAUACGUAUUACGUCUCUGAGACAGACGAGCCGUUUGAGCCUGUCGUCUUGAAGUGGGAGGGAGCCAGCAGGGGCUUGUGGCCCGGUGCUUCACAAUUCUCCUACCUCAUCUCCCCAUCAAAGGACCUCACCGACUCCAUCACCACCCUCUCACCCAGCGCCUUCGACCCCAAGAACCAGUACGUUGCUGUUCUGCGUGCUGUGCGCGCAGCAGCGACACAGGCCUCCGGUGGCGGCGAGAAAGUGAUCGAUGAGUCGUCUGUCGAUGUGAAAGUAUAUCGAGUCGAGAUCGGCGCGUCUCGCGUCGAGUACUGGAUUGUAGCGCUGGAUGUGGAGGGUGGUAAAUUGGUGGGUUUGAAGGCGAAAGCUAUUGAGUCGUAGUUGUUAGAUGUGGAGAUCUGAGUGGUGGUCUUCUUUGGGAGGUUGUGAAUGGAAGGGGAGAGAUGCAAUCUGAAAUGCUA